GUAAGGAUGAGCUUACCUGUGUGUGGAAGCUGUUAAAGAGUGCUUCUUUCUCUUCCAUGGCUUCUCUUUUUUCCUUCUCUCUCCCCAGCCCCACCAUAGUAAAAGCAGCUACAUCAUCUACUGCAACCGCCACUACUCUCCCUUCGCCGGAGAUUCUUCAAGAAAAGUUCGGCAGAAAAGGUAUCAAAUUCUCCGAAUCCAACAACGUUCCUGUUGUUGAGCUAACUGUCAGAAAUGGCAGCUCUUUAAGGUUACAGAUACCUGAUGCUCAUGUCACUUCUUACAAGCCAAAAGUUUAUUGGAAAGAUGAAGGUUUUGAGGAGCUUCUUUACACUAUUCCUGGGAAAGAUUCUAGAAAGGCAAGAGGUGGGGUUGGUUUAGUCAUCAAUGAUGCCUCUGAAGCUGGUUCUAAAGGCUCACUCAUUACUAAUUCAGAGUGGUCUGUUAAGGAUGUUGAUUCCGAUGCCAUUGAUGCUCUCCAGGUGGAAUUGAGCUGUACCAGUGGAACUCUUGAUAUAACAUACAUUGUCUCACUAUAUCCAGUGAGCUUUGCUACAGCAGUGAUAGUAAAAAACGAUGGCCGGAAACCUGUGACUCUAACUAGUGCUAUACUAAGUCAUCUCAAAUUCAAGAAGAGAGGAAAGGCAGCAAUCCAAGGAUUCAAGGGUUGCUCCUAUUGUCCACUCCCUCCUUUAUCUUCUCCUUUUGAAAUUUUAUCUCCUGGUGAAGCCAUGAAAUCUGAGUCCUCAGGAUUGUUUGAUUUUGGUUCUGAGAAUGAGGACAAACCAGGCACAUGGACAGUUCAAGAUGUACCCUUUACAAUUUUGAAGAAUAAGUUCAGUAGAGUUUAUGCUGCUCCACCACAAGAGAGACUAAAAGCAAUCUAUAACACCCCACCUUCAAAAUAUGAAACACUUGAUCAGGGACUUGAGCUUUUCUUCAGGGUGAUUCGAAUGGGUUUUCAAGACACAUACAUAGGCAGCCCAGGUUCCUUAUCGGAGAAGUAUGGUCAGGAGUAUUUUGUUUGCACUGGCCCUGCUGCAAUGCUGGUGCCUGUUGUUGUGGAACCAGGUGAAGAUUGGAGAGGGGCUCAGGUUAUUGAGCAUGAUAAUUUGUAAUUAUAUAACAAUCUUAAAUAUUCAUCUUUUUUUUUUAAAGUUUCCUUGGUUGUCUGAUUGGUUUCUUCAUCUCAAAAUAAAUAAUAAAAUCACAGAGUUAGUUUUUCUGAA